AUGCUCCAAACUUCCCCCAUCCGGCCGGGCGCACGGGCCUCACCCUCGCGCGCGAUCGUGGAAGCAUCUGGGGAACGUGGUGGGGACCGACAGCGAGGGCCCCUGGGGCCUGCCUGUCAGCCCCUGUCGCCACCGUGCCACGGCCCCGAGAGGCGCAGCGCGGCGGCCGGCAGGGGGCGCGGCGCCCGCCGCGAACGGCCCGACUUCUGGGCGUCGCUGCUGCUGCGCGCCGGGGACAAGGCGGGGCGCGCGGGCGCCGGCGCGGGGCUGCCCCCCUACCACCGGCGCGUCGGCAUGGUCCAGGAGCUGCUGCGGAUGGUGCGCCAGGGCCGGCGGGAGGAGGCGGGGACGCUGCUGCAGCACCUGCGCCAGGACCUAGGCAUGGAGUCAACCUCGCUGGAUGACGUUCUGUACCGCUACGCCAGCUUCAGGAACCUGGUGGACCCCAUCACACACGACCUCAUCAUCAGCCUGGCCCGCUACAUCCAUUGCCCCAAGCCGGAAGGCGAUGCGCUGGGCGCCAUGGAGAAGCUGUGCCGGCAGCUGACGUACCACCUCAGUCCCCACUCCCAGUGGAGGCGGCACCGGGGGCUGGUCAAGAGGAAGCCGCAGGCCUGCCUCAAGGCUGUCCUGGCCGGGAGCCCUCCAGACAACACAGUGGACCUGUCAGGCAUCCCGCUGACCUCCCGAGACCUGGAGCGGGUGACCAGCUACCUGCAGCGCUGCGGGGAGCAGGUGGAUAGCGUGGAGCUGGGCUUCACAGGCCUCACAGAUGACAUGGUCCUGCAGCUGCUGCCAGCACUCAGCACACUACCCCGCCUCACCACACUAGCGCUCAAUGGCAACCGGUUGACCCGGGCCCUGCUGCGCGACCUCACCGACACCCUUAAGGACCCCAGCAAGUUUCCCAGUGUCACGUGGAUCGACCUGGGCAACAAUGUAGACAUCUUCUCAUUGCCCCAGCCCUUCCUGCUCAGCCUGCGCAAGCGCUCCCCAAAGCAGGGCCACCUACCCACCAUCCUGGAGCUGGGCGAGGGCCCAGGCGGUGGGGAAGAGGCCCGGGAUGGGACACUGGGCCAAGAGGACCCUGGAGGGGGCCCUCUGGCCCCUGCCAAAGACCACGAGGGCAAGGAGACUGUAGGUGCAGCCCAAACGUGAUACACAAGUGGGGGACCUCACCAGGGAGCCCCUGUGGAGUAGGAUGGCUGAGGCAGGCUAGGGGCUCCUACCAGGGGACUCAGGCUACCACCCAGAAUUGGCCUGGGCAGCCCCACCCUUGGGAAGCCAGCAUGUAGGAUCUGGGAAAGGGGGAUUGUGUAAUACUUCUCUUUGGUCCUCUGCAUUUCCUUGUCAAUCCCAUUAUCUGCCUUUUGGCUCCUAAAGAGUCAUCACUGGCUCAAAGGGCAUCAGCCCCUAGCCACCCCCAGACUUGUGGGCACAGUGUACAGUUUGGAGAUGCUGGAAGCUUCAGUUAAUGUGAAUCCUAAGAGCCUUCCCCCAGAAAAGGAGUGUGGUUCAGGUCCUACAUCCACCCCAGGAUUUCCCAAUUCUCCAUUACACUUGUUCUAUUCAGAGCAGCAAACUCCAGCCAGAUGCUAAAUGUGCUCCUGCUUGAGGCAAGUUUUCCAACCUUUACCCUAACUUCUGGCUGAAGGCUGGUG